UAUUAAAAAUAAAUACGAAGAUCAAUACGCACCUCCUCCUGAUCAGGAAGCAAGUUCAAGCUCAAGCUCAACUUGGUGGGUAAAUGAAUCAAAUUAUCUGAAUCUUGCAAAAUAUGCUAGAGAUUGCCUUCCAAUUCCUGCGACGAGUGUUCCAAGUGAGCAGAUAUUUAGCAUUAGUGGUGAAAUGAUAACUGAGAAACGAAACCGAUUAGAUGGAAAGACC